AUCGUGUGAUUGCGUGAGGUUUACCGGGGUACUUAAGUGUCACCGGGCAAAAUUGUCUGCGGUGUGAGAAAAUCUCAAAUUUGUCCAGGAAAUCCGUGUACAAUGCGUCUACUAGCUACUGUAGGCCUCCUCCUCACCCUGUGUGUGACUCUUCUGCCGGAAUCCGAUGCCCAGAGUCGCUCCAAAGGGGGCUCCACAUCGCUGGGAGAUAAGGUGCAGCAGCUGAUGGAUAUGACAAUGAAGAAAUCCGUCCUUCGUCUCAAUGGACAAACCUUCAAGGAGUUUGUAAAGACUCAACCUAGGAAUUAUUCAAUGGUGGUGAUGUUCACAGCUCUGGCUCCGUCCAGGCAGUGUGUCAUCUGUCGGCAUGCCCAUGAUGAGUUCGUCAUCGUGGCUAAUUCCUAUCGCUUCUCACCAGGCUACAGCAGUCGGCUCUUUUUCGCCAUGGUGGACUUCGAUGAGGGUUCCAGUGUAUUCCAAAUGAUGAGACUCAACACAGCUCCAGUUUUUAUGCAUUUCCCAGCCAAGGGGAAACCCAAGGGCAGUGACACAAUGGACAUCCAGAGGGUGGGCUUCUCAGCAGAGGUGAUUGCCAAGUGGAUACAGGAGCGUACAGAUGUUCAGAUUCGCGUUUUCCGGCCACCCAAUUAUUCCGGAACACUGGCCAUGGCUAUGUUGGCAUCCCUCGUGGGUGGUUUCUUCUACCUCCGACGCAAUAACCUUGAGUUUCUGGCCAAUAAGCAAAUGUGGGGCUUUAUGGCCAUCAUCUUCUGCUUUGCCAUGGUUUCUGGUCAGAUGUGGAAUCACAUCCGGAGCCCACCUUUUGUCCACAAGACCCAAAACGGAGGGGUAUCCUACAUUCAUGGCUCAUCUCAAGGGCAACUUGUAAUAGAGACCUACAUCGUGAUGUUCCUCAAUGCCAUGAUUGUGGCCGGAAUGAUUCUCCUCACAGAAGCUGGAAACAGCACAGAUGCAAGAAAGGGACGGAUAAUGGCUAUUGCAGGACUCUUCCUUGUUGCCGUUUUCUUCUCACUCAUCCUCUCAGUUUUCAGGAGCAAAGCUCAAGGGUAUCCAUAUAGUUUCCUCUUCAAGUAAUUUUCAGGGUGUUUUGUGAUACAUUUCCACCGCUGAGCACGUGACACAAGUCCACAGGGAAUUUUCUUUCUGAGGAAUAAAAUCAUUUUUCUCACCACCAA